UUCGUUUACAGAGCCGACUCUCGCGUGCGUCUAGGCGCCAUUUUAUAAGAAAAGCGAUUGAGGUGUAGAAAGACCUUAAAACCUCUGCGAAGAUUUCGCAUCGUCGUCUUGCUCGCUACGAUAAAUAAACGCCACUUUAACAGAUAAACUGCACGUCGGAUGCAGAUCUACUUCAGUCGGGUUAUACUAAGCUCGUUAGCCAACUUGGUUUCUUCUUUGUCAGGGCCUGGUCUUUGGAUGCAUAGCUGAAAGGUGAAAGAUGACCCAAUUUCUGCCGCCAAACCUGCUGGCGCUUUUUGCCCCACGGGACCCGAUACCCUACUUACCCCAGUUGGAGAAAUUGCCUCACGAGAAACACCACAAUCAGCCUUACUGUGGUAUCGCACCUUUCAUCAAGCACUUCGAGGACCCCAGAGAUGCCCCUCCUCCAACUAGAGCAGAGACCAGGGAGGAAAGGCUGGAAAGAAAGAGGCGGGAGAAGAUUGAGCGGAGACAAGCUGUUUUGGAGACUGAGCUGAAGCUGUGGGAUCCCCACAAUGACCCGAAUGCUCAAGGAGAUGCUUUCAAGACAUUGUUUGUUGCAAGAGUGAACUACGAUACAACAGAGUCUAAACUCCGUCGUGAAUUUGAAGUUUAUGGGCCUAUCAAAAGGAUCUACAUUGUUUACAACAAGAGGACUGGGAAGCCCAGAGGCUAUGCCUUCAUUGAGUAUGAGCAUGAGAGGGACAUGCAUUCGGCCUACAAACAUGCCGAUGGUAAGAAGAUCGAUGGGAGAAGGGUGUUGGUGGAUGUGGAGAGAGGACGCACAGUUAAAGGAUGGCAUCCACGCAGGCUAGGUGGUGGUCUAGGUGGCACAAGGAGGGGUGGUGCUGAUGUGAAUAUCAAGCACUCUGGCAGAGACGAUACCUCUCGCUAUGAUGAAAGACCUAUAGGCGGGGACCGCGACCGUGACCGUGGUGGUGGUGGUGGUGAUCGUCGGGCAGAACGUAGCCGAGAGAGGGACCGUGAAAAGGAUCGGGGUGAAAGAAGGAGGUCCAGGUCCAGAGAGAGACGGAGACGCAGCUCACGCUCCCGAGAGAGGGAGAGGGCUGAGCGUGGGGUUGGAGUGCCUGGUCCUGGGGUUGGUGGGCCUGGUGAUGAGGGUGGCAGUAGCAGACGGAGGGAGCGAGAGAGGGGAGGUGGGGGUGAAGACAGGAGCAGAGAGAGAAGCAAAGACAGGGAAAGAAAGAGGAGAAGUAGGAGCAGGGAUAGAAAGAGGGACCGGGAGCGAGGCAAAGGUGGUGGGGAUGAAGUGGGUGAAGGUGGAAUCGGGCUUGGUGAUGGCAUGGUAGAUGGAGAACGAGCAAUGGAUGACCCCAAUUCUGCAGACCUAGGUAACCCUGGUCGUGAUGAAGGAAGCAUGGAAGCUGAGGAUAGGGGAAGAGAACGUGGAGAUAGAGACCGGGAGAGGGACAGGGACAGACGACGUAGUCACAGGGACAAAGACCGGGACCGAGACAGAGAGCGAAGGAGAGGAGAUAGAGACAGGGAUAGAGAGAGGGAGCACAGGAGAGAGAGAGGAGACAAAGACAGGGGUGGGGAGAGAAGGGAUGACAGGCAGUUGGGCCCACCCUCUAUGCUCCCCCCUUCUCUGGUUCAGGAUGGGGCCAGUAAUUUUGAAGACUUGCCAAUGCCAGAGGAAGGUAGUCAAGAUGGAAUGAUGGAUCAGGAGUCUGUACAGUCUGGGGAGGGAUACAUAUCAAAUGAGAAUGGUUAUAGGAUGGAGCCACGAGUAGAGGAAUACUAACAUGGGUAGUAGAAAUGCUGUCCUAUUUAUAAUGGGGGACCCAUUCAAAUAUUGUGCUUAAAACCGUUCAAAUUCCUAACCACAUAGUUCAACCCUGUAAUGUGUCCCUUCAGUAUCCAACAUGGUGUUCGCUGAGCAGUACCAGUAAAGCCAUUAAUACACGUUUGAGAACAUUUCAAGAAACCUAAUGUGUGGGACUCAUCUCCAGUUUUAGCUAUUGAUUGUGGUGUCAUUCAAGCGACCCAUUGGAGACGAAGACUCAGAAGAGAAAGGUAAAUCACAUGGUGUUGGCCCGUUUCUGUAUGAGAGUAUAUUACUCUUAAUCAGAAAAUGCCUUGUCAAAGGGCUUGGGAAUUUUCCUGGAUUUUGAAUUUAGCAGCUGUCACUGGUCAAUGAUACACUGCAAUGCUAUGGCCCAGUCAUCUGUCAUGUGCUUUGAUUUAUCUAUGCGUUUGCUGUCAAAUUACUUUUAACAGUAAGGCUGUAUACAUUGGCAGUUUAACAGUGUUUGUACCAGAACAGAUAAUAUUCAGUUUUAGUUUUACUCUCGAUUUUGAGUUUCCUAAUUCUAAAAUGAUCAUUUUCAUCAUUUGGAAAAUGAAUUCUGUAGAUUGCCAUGUUUCCAAGAGCAGGACAUACUAUGAAAUGUAAUUAUGUAUUUAAUAGUUAGGUUCUUAGAAUAUUGCAGUCAUUUUGACGUUUAGUUUUAAACUGUGACCAAGGCAUUGAAACAGUGAGAUGUGUGAUUCUUUUUCCGUAAGAGGCUGCAUUGUUGGGAGGGGGGCCAUUUUUGGUUCUAGUGAAGUUUGACUGGUUUUGACAGGUGGGAGUAGGAGAAUGAAUGCAUGUUGUUGCUGUGUGUCAUCUGUUAUCUGGUUAUUCUGAUUGUAUCAUGUCCUCUUUAUAAUAAAGGACUUUUUUUGUU